AUGAUCCGCAAGUCUGGCCAUAAGCGCUACCAACCGGCGCUGUGGCGGCGCUGCCGGAGUGUGCGCUCACUGAGGCAGUUCCACGCCCGCAUGGUCGUCACCGGUUUUGAGGCCGACCCGGCAGCGGUCCGCGAGCUCGUCUACUGCGCGGCAGUGCUGAUCCCGGGUGCCCUCGUCUAUGCCCACCAGCUGUUCAACAGAAUUGCCCAGCCGGAUCUCUUCGUCUGGAACACCCUCAUCCGGGGCGCCGCCCACGGGCCCUGCCCCUCCGACGCUGUCUCCCUCUUCCUCGAAAUGGAGAGGCGCGACGCCAGCGGAUCCCUCCAACCCAACAAGUAUACAUUCCCGUUCCUCCUGAAGGCCUGCGUCAGGCUCUCGUCGUCCUCACUGGGCAACCAGCUUCACGCCAAGAUCACCAGACACGGCUUAGAGUCUGAUGGGUUCGUCAAGAACGCGCUCAUAAACUUUCACGCCAACUGCGGCGACAUGGCGGCGGCCAAUGUGCUCUUCGACGGGCCAGCCCGGGCGGACGUCGUGGCCUGGUCGGCGAUGAUCGCCGGCCACGCGAGGAGGGGCGACCUGGAGGCCGCCCGGCGACUCUUCGAGGGGACCCCUUGCAAGGACCUGAUCUCGUGGAACGUAAUGAUUACGGGGUACGCAAGGAGGGGAGAGAUGAACAAGGCGCGCGAGUUGUUCGACCAAUUGCCGCAUAGAGACGUCGUCUCCUGGAACGCAGUAAUCGCCGGCUACCUGGAGAGCGGAUCACCCGGGAAGGCGCUGGAGGUCUUCGAGGAGAUGACUCGCGCCGGCGAGAGCCCGGACGAAGUCACCAUGCUGAGCCUGCUGUCCGCCUGCGCGGAGCUCAGCGCGCUCGACGCCGGCGCACGGAUGCACGCGUCCCUCGCGGCGAUGGUGAGGUCGCGCCGCGUCCGACCCACGGUGACCCUCGGCAACGCCCUCAUCGCCAUGUACGCCAGGUGCGGCAGCAUUGAGCGGGCCCUCGAGGUCUUCCGCGGCAUGGCGGAACGGGACAUCUCGACCUGGAACUCGGUGAUCGGAGGGCUCGCUCUCCACGGCCACGCUAGGGAGGCCAUGCGGGUCUUCGCGGAUAUGAGGCAGCGGCGGGUUAGGCCCGACGAGGUGACCUUUGUCAGCGUCCUGACCGCCUGCAGCCACCGCGGACUUGUAAAGGAGGGACGGUGGUGCUAUGCCCUCAUGACUGAGGAGUACGGCAUCAAGCCCAAUGUCAAGCACCUGGGGUGCAUGGUGGACAUGCUCGGCCGUGCUGGGCUCCUGCAGGAGGCUUUACGUUUCGCGGAGCAGAUGGGAGUCGAGCCCAACCCCGUUGUGUGGAGGGCGCUACUCGGCGCCUGCCGGACACACGGGGACGUACGCCUGGCGGAGUUCGCCAACGCGCGGCUCCUACGCGUCAGCGGCGGCGCCGACAGUGGGGACUAUGUCCUGCUGUCCAACACCUACGCCUCCGUGGGUGAGUGGGGCGAGGUGGAGAAGGUGAGGAUGCUCAUGGACGAGCGUGGCGUGCCCAAGGCGGCCGGCCGCAGCCUGGUUCAGGCAAGGCCUUCCUCGAUUUCUCUCUCCUCUGAAGGCCUCCUCUUCGCCCGGUGA